AUGUUUCAUUUGCAGUUCCUUGAAAUUGGGUUAGUGCUGCUGGCCUUCUCCUCUGCCUUCUCCCUAGAAAGGAAUCUGGUUCUUUUCCCACCAAGAAUGACCCACGAGAGUUUACAACUACCAAACAAUUUGCAAGCCUCAUCCAUCCAGCAGUGUCUACCACACAGGAAGAAUUUUCUGUUUCCUUGGAAAUCCAUGAAUCUUCACCAGUACCAGAAAGGGCAUAUACUGGCAAUUAUUCAUGAGAUGCUACAACAGAUCUUCAACCUCUUCCAGGCAAAGGCUUUUCUUGGUCUUCAGAAGGAAAACUAUAUACAGUUCCUCAAUGAACUUCACCAGCAGCUGGAAUAUCUUCAAGUAAUCAUGAGACUGGACACAGAGCAGCAAAAUGGUGCCUGGGGUGGUGAGAAUCUUAGAUUACAGGUUAAAGCAUACUUCAGAAGAAUGCGCGAUUACCUGGAAAACCAAGCAUACAGCAGCUGUGCCAGGAUCAUUGUGCAGGUGGAAGUCAACCGCUGUCUGUUCUUUGUACACACACUCACAAGAAGUCUGAGAAGUGAGAACUAG